AUGAAUUUAUCAGCAAAGAGUUGUCAGAACUUGGGAAGGACUUUCCAUCAAAAAUAUCCUCAUUAUACCUCUCAUGGGUAUGGCAGGGACACCUAUAUCUUACGGAAUAAUGGAGGGUUUUGUCUUGAAGAGUCUAGAGCUAAAGCUAGCAGUACCCUUUUCACCAAGAUCAGAAGCGAUGUUUCCCCAGCCCCAAAGAAGGGAGCUGGAAGCUUUAAGUAUAUAUCUUAAGGCAAUGGUACCUGGAUCAGAAGGAGCUCCAAAAGAUCAAAAGGGACUUGCUUGUGCAGAAAGAUCUCAUUCAUAGACUCACUUGCUCAGAUCAGGAAAGGAAAGAACUAUCAAAGAUAUUUUUUAAGAAAGUUAUAAUUGACAUAUUCUAUAGAAAAAUGCAAGAAUAUGACUAUUAAAAUAGAAGACCAUGUCUUUGAGAGCACUGGUAUAGCUAUUAAGUUCUCUUCAACCCCACAGCUAGUCAAGAAUCAGAUUACUGGAGAUUUUAAUUUACUCUCUGCCAAGAGAAAUAGUCAUACAAACGACAGUAUGUCUCUAUUCUCUUCUCAUCAAUGAGCUUUUAUGAAAUAUUUCACCACAUUAAAAUUUCUAGGGAUCCAAAAUUUAUUUUUAAAGGAAACUUACAGAAGAAUCUUAAAGGUCGUAGAUCAAGCAUUGGAACCUCACACCACUAUAUCAUG